AUGUCGGUUGCUGAGGGGUUUCUUCGUCAUGGAGAGGCGUGCACGCGAACAGGGGACUUGGGAGUUUGUGUGACGGAGCGGUAUGCACGAUGGGAGCUUUUGGUUGUCUUUCGGCGUCAGUGGUCGCGUGAUGUGCGAUCUAACCGGCUGUACGCGCCGGUAUUUCAUUUGCUGUUUGCGUCUCCCUCUUCCGGCACUGAGGGAGAAAUUAUCACAGCGGCGGACGACGACCCGUGGCACUUGCUGAUGUAUGAUUUGACGCACACCUGCAGGGGGGUGAUGUGGGAGUCGAAAGGGGCAGAGUUCGUUUCGGACAUUUUGCAGGCUGUGCCGCCGGCUCUCCACCCCGAUUGCUUCUCCGUGGUGUGCGUGACCGUGGGCAAUACUCACGAUCGAUUGGGUCUCUUUUCCGAGCACGCCUUUGAACAGUACAAGGAUAGAGUUGGACGGCUGCGGCUUCCGCGUACGUCGCAAGGGGUGUCCGUGAGGCUUCAUCGUCUAACGAUCGAUCGUACAGGGGCGGUGAACGGCGGCGGUGGUCGUCUGCCGGCCUUCGUCGAGGAGGCGAUUGAGUGGGCACGCCGUAGAACGAAGGAAGCAGUUGAUGUGUCGGCCCCGUCUCAAGAGGGCAAUGACGCCAUUCUAGCCGCACUCCCACGGCUAAACAGGUUGUUGUACACUGCUACGUUUCAGGGGCCCGAUGACAACCUUGUCGGGGAUGGAGCGGGCUGUGUGGGGGAGGGAGGGCGGCGACGGGCAACUUCCAAACUGUUAGAAGAACGUCGUGUGGCGCUUCGUAACUUGAAGAUGCGUGUGGGCAACGUAGCCUCCUUUACGCUGGCACCGCCAACGUCUGCGGAGGAGCCGGGGCAAAGGUGGUAUGUGCUUCUCGUUCAGAGACUCUACGCAGAAAAGGAGGAGGUGUCGAUCGACAACCUUGACCCCGGCCCACUGGAGCCGCAGCCCAUCGGCGCAGAGUUGCACCUGAUGCGGGAUGGCGGUGAGGUGUUGUAUCUCCAGUCCCAACUAUGUGACGAGAAAAGUCUCAAUACGGUAUACGGGGAUAUGAUGCACGAAGACGGCGAACUCUUUGCGCAAUUGACACCACUCGAGGGUAUAGCCUUUGACGACAUUGAUCGUUAUUUGGAAUUUCUUUUGGCACAGUCGCCGCCGCUCGCCAUAAAGACGCCAACAGAGCCCCUCUGCAAGGGAUCGUGCAGCGGCUACACAUUCCCAAAGGUUGUGUUCCGGCGGCCGACGGGGUCGGUUGUGAAGGAUACAUUAAUUGCUUCUCCGCACUUGGAGAUUGUUGAGGAGUCGCCACGUUCACCAGAGGAGUGGGAGGCGGCGAGACGCGUCUUUUUGUUUCUCUCAGAUCAUAUUGCCCCUGUGUGUUCUACUAGUGAUCUCGGUGGGUGCGGCGGGUACACGCUCACGAGAGACGUGACGCCGGUGCCUGCCCCACUGCACGACCACAAGUGUUCGUGGUGUGGUCGCCGUCGAGACAAACUCCUGCGGUGUGGUGGCUGCAAGGUGGACAUGUAUUGCUGCAAGAAGCAUCAAAUUAUGGAUUGGAAGGGUGGACACAAAAAGUCCUGUGGACUUUGGCAGAAGGCACGAGAAGACUAUGAAAAACGUGUCACGCCUCUCCUGCAGUCGUGCCCCACGGAGCGUCUGGAAACGCCAUCCGCAUCGGCCGCCGUGACACUUCUGCAGUUCCUUAUGGCCUCUUGCUGUGCGAUGCCGACGUCAGCAGUUCCUGUAGUUCACAUUGUUGGCGUUGAUGAUGACGUCGCAGGGUUUAUUUCGGAGCUCGCACACCGCGUGAAAAGAAUUUCUGCACGCUGGAAACAGUUGCGGCUUCUCUUGAGCUCCGAUGCCUUUGGAGACGAAGAACAUAAUGCCGUAUACGCCAUUGCGGAGGGCGGUGACGUGACGCGAACUGCACCCACUUCUGUUCUUGGCGAUGUGUGGCACACACAGUCCUCAAGCGAUGAAGCGGCGCUGGGGGCGUCGGUGCUUGUGCGCCUGUACAACGCAAAGUACCACCAAUUUAUUGGCCGAGAUGCUGAGGUUAGUGGGGGUGCGCCGUCGGCGGUGGUUUCUUUCGGAAAUCCAUCAGGGGCCGGAAUGUCUUACCUCACUGCGGCUGCCGAGGUUUUCGCGGACCGGUUCGUUGGCGUUGUUCCUGUGCUAUGCACAGAGCCUACACUUGUCGGUGCACACCACACCUUUGACACUAUCGUGGCUCGGGUGCAAGGCAGCAACGUGAUGAACGCAGACCUUAAGAAGAGGGUUCUCGAAGGUCUCUCGCUCGCCGAUAAUUUUGUCCGACUAAAUGUUCAAGGUAUGGGUCACAAUUCGCUAGACUUGUAUGCAGCAGCAGGGAGAGCGGGUGAGACAAGCAAUGCGAAUGCUGCGGUUCCUGAAACUAAACCCGCCUCAACACGGCUGCACCCCAAUCUUUAUUACUUUAUCAUUCCGGCGGAGCCAACGAAGUCGUAG